CUUGCUCAACGAACUUAUGCUGUAAAGGCAUCCGAAAAGAUGGCCACUGAAGAUACCGUCAUGCCAGCAGCGGCUGUGACGGCCAACAACAAUCUGUAUGGAGAGUUGUCAUCACCUCAAGCGCUAGCUCCGACGAGGGGAAAGCGUGUAUCGCUCGCAUGUCAAAGUUGCAGGUCUAGAAAGACCAAGUGCGAUGGUAUACAGCCUGCUUGCUUGACGUGUCGGCAUCUCGGCAUCGACUGUGUAUAUGCGAAAGAAUCCCGGAAGGCCGGUUCCAGAAGAAUAAAUGGUCGAGCUCAGGCGAUGCACAAAGUCAGAAAACCGCAACAUCAGUUGCAUAUGACGACCGGAUACUCAAUAACGACCCCUCCUGAUGAUACCGUGGACAUUGUAACCCAGCGCCCUGAUAUGAUCCAUAGACUACGUGCUCACACCGAAGCAAGAGAUACUGGCAAUAUCGAUCCUGACACAGCUGGUAACAUCUCUGAACAAGAAGCUAGUGAGGAGGUUCACGCAGCACAGGUUUUUCAGGAUCGGCACACAUCUGAGUUUGGAUACUUCGGUUUGUCUUCGAACCAUGCAUUUUUCCGAUCGAUAUCACGUUGCUUCAUACGCUUCUUGCGUGGUGCGCCGCCACAGCAUGAUCGAAUCCAAUCACUGACAACUGAAGACUGGAGUGAGGUCAACACAUCAGAAGCACGCCAAACAAGUAGCCCCAGGAACGACUCCGUGGCAACAUUACCAGCUAUUUCAGAAUCAUUCUCCAUGCUUGACCGCUUCAUAGCAACCAGCGCAGGUGCCUUUCCUUUCGUUAGUAAAGCGAUCUUGACAUCAUCUCUCAAGGAACUGGCCCUUGGGUCUCGGAAGUCGAGAUCGACAACGAAGCGAGCACUUGUCAACAUCAUGUUUGCAUAUUCGUGUUUGGCGAUUGAAGACCCUCAGUGUGACAUGUACUUUCAGCGGACCAUACAAUGUCUGACCCCUGAAACUCUCCGAGGCGCAAAUCUGGAACUCAUUCAGGCAUUACUGCUGGUGACAAGCUAUCAACAGCAACAGCAGAUGCCCGUCAGCAGUGGAACGUACCAUGCCUUGACGGUAAAAGCCGCGUUUCAGCUCGGUCUGCAUUGUCCUUCCAGUUACAAGGAAGUUUCGCCAUCAGACUCGGAACUGAGAAAGAGACUAUGGUAUAGUUUGAUCAACCAGGAUAGGAUGCUUUCUAUGUGCCUUGGCAGACCGUGUCUGAUUCCAUCACAGCACAUAUGUACGCCUGAACUAGAAGACCCGAGACAGACUCACCACGUGUCAUCACUCGAGCAUGAAUAUCGAGUGGAACGUCUUCUUCAGCACAAAUAUCAAACCGAUCUGUACAGUAUCAUCGCGGCCAUGCUCAGCGACAUUUACCAACACAACAUUGGGAGGGAUUCAUCUUUGAGCACGUGGUCUUUGCUUGCAUUAAGAUUGCAAUUGUACCAGCGAUUCGAAGAAUGGCGCCAACAACUCGACCCUCGUCUAAGGCUCAUCACACCGCAAGAUGUUUGCACCGUCCUUACAUCCCAGAUCGAUGAGAAUCGAUUCAGAAUAUCCCUGACAGUACAUUACUACCGCGCUUUGAUCAUGCUUAAUGGACCGAUCAUUGAAAGGUUGCUGGGCAUUAGUGUCAGCUCCUCCAGCUUAGAUGAAGCUGCCCAAUCUCUCUUCGAGCAAUGUGUACCGACCAUCAAGAACGAUCUUGUUGUGCUCGAGAACUUGAAUCAAAUCAUUUCCAUCAUUUCACAAAGCGAAGAUUUCAUUAACCACAACAACGUCCGAUGGAUGUCCAAUCAUGCCUGUUCGAUACUAGCCAUGCAUCUUUUCUGUCUUGCACUGCUUUUCCACAUCCGCCCUGAACUUGAAGCGAAGACUGUCACUCGAACAUCUAGAAUCAGAGAGCUACUGGGACAAUGCCUUGAUAACAUGAAAGUAUUGCAACGAACUAGUACACUGUUUCGGAAAGCUCGUGAAGCGCUCGAGGUCUUCACCCAAAAGCUAGACUCAAUUUGCCUUAGAGAGCUGCCUACAUCUGGCGCUUCCGCAUCUGAGAUUGGAGCACCCUGCACUUCUGCUCCUAGGCAUUACGACUUCAGUAUGAGCACCGACUUCUUUGAACAGUCUGAAUUUGACUUUCUGCUGGGAGACGGAUUUUAUUGCUAAGCUUACAACAUUCAUCGGUCGACAAGUCUAUGCCGUUGCGAUGACACUAUUUCAAGUUUCUCUAUCUCAACUUAAUGCGCACAUUGAAGUUCUUUCGAUG